GCCCGCAUGGAGCCGCCGGCGGGCGCGGAGCUCUCGGCCGCCUGGCACACGCUCAGCACCGCCCUGGUGCCGCCCGCCGCCCUGGGGCUGGCAGCACCGAGGUCGGAUGCUGCGGGGCCGCUGAAGGAUGCCGACCUGCGGGCAGCCCUGGACGUGCUGCGGUGUUACGACUUGCACUCGAUCGUGGAGGAGUGGUUCAUCGAGGUGCUGCAGACAGACCUUCAGGCAAAUAUAGCUCCCGAAUUCUGGAACUGCAUCAGCCAGUAUGAAAACACGGCUGAGGAGCCCCAGUGCUCCUCGCUCCUUCUGGAUGCAUUUUGUCUUCUCAAGCGCCGCCUGGACCCCUACCUGAACAGCCUGGAAGUUCUGGAGAGGUGGACCAAGGCAGGCUUGCUCCUGGGAACAGGCGCUCAGAUGCUGCAAGAGAAGGUCUACACCAUGUUCAAAGCUAUCCUUUUCUUCUCCACUACCAAAUCCUUCCAGGAGAUGAUCCAGCAGUUCUACAGCCGCACUUUCAGGAUAUACAUGCGGCAGUGGAAGAAAGGAGAAGAUGGAACAAAUGAGUGUGAGAGCAGCAUGAGUGAGACCGAGCAGGAGAGUGAUACGGAGGAGGGUGGAGGAGAGAGCCCGCUGUGCGCAGGCUGCAACAGCAAGAGAGAGCAGUGCUGGUGCCCCAAAGCCAUGGAGCAGUUUCAGCAGCUCAAUGACAUUCUCCGCCGGCUGAAUUUGCUGGAGAGAGUGAGCGCCGAUGCUGUCACGACCAUCUUGCACAGGAUGAUCGAGGAGAGGAUGGAGCAAAGAUGCAGGGGGGAAUACGAGCACUCCUUCCUGAAUGAGUUCCAGGAGUGGAUUGAGAAGGUGAUAGGCUGGCUCAGCAGGGUUUUUCUGCAAGAUGGUCCCUUGGCACGCUCCUCUCCAGAGGCUAGCAGCACCUUGAAGCGCUGGAGGUGCCACGUCCAAAGGUUCUUCUACCGCAUCUACGCCAGCAUGCGCAUUGAAGAGCUCUUCAGCAUUAUUCGAGAUUUCCCAGAGUCUAAGCCUGCUGUGGAGGACCUCAAGUUCUGCCUGGAAAGGACUAAUCAGAGGCAGCAGCUGCUCAGCUCCCUGAAAAGUGCUCUGGAAAUGCGACUUCUGCAUCCUGGAGUCAACACAUCCGACAUCAUCACUCUGUAUAUCUCGGCCAUCAAGGCCUUGCGGGAGCUUGACCCCUCUAUGGUUAUCCUGGAGGUUGCCUGUGAGCCCAUCAGGAAGUAUCUGAGGACUCGGGAAGACACAGUGCGGCAGAUUGUGGCCGGUCUCACAGGGGAUGCUGAGGGCUCGGGUGAUCUUGCAAACGAGCUCUCGAAAGCUGACCCAGUGACCCUGGAGAAUGGCCAGGAGAGUGACGAUGACAUCUCAGAACCGGGGGACUGGGUUCCUGACCCGGUUGAUGCAGAUCCAGGAAAAUCAAGUUCCAAGCGUCGGUCCUCAGACAUCAUCAGCCUGCUGGUGAGCAUCUAUGGCAGCAAGGACCUGUUUAUCAAUGAGUACCGCACACUUCUGGCUGACCGGCUGCUACAUCAGUUCAACUACAGUGCUGAGAGGGAAAUCCGCAACGUGGAGCUGCUGAAGCUGCGGUUUGGUGAAGCUCAGAUGCACUAUUGUGAAGUCAUGUUAAAAGAUAUGGCUGACUCGCGACGCAUUAAUGCCAACAUUCGUGAUGAGGAAGAGAAGCUCCCAGAGGAGGAGAGGCCACCGUUCAGCCUCGUUGCCGUUAUCCUGUCGAGUGAGUUCUGGCCACCGCUGAAAGAAGAGAAGCUAGAGCUUCCAGAGCAGGUCAAGGAGGCUAUGGAAGCCUAUUCCAAGAAGUAUGAAAAAUUAAAGGCCAUGAGGACCCUGAACUGGAAGUACCACCUGGGCCUGGUGAGCUUGGACGUGGAGCUGGCAGAUCGCACCCUCUCCCUGUCUGUCUCUCCUGUGCAUGCCGCCAUCAUUCUGCACUUCCAGACCAAGAGUACGUGGACACUGACGGAGCUGAGUGAAGUGCUCAAGGUGCCCGUGACGUCGCUGAAGCGGAAGAUGACGCUGUGGCUGCAGCAGGGUGUCCUGCGAGAAGAGCCCCAAGGCACCUUCACAGUGAUUGAGGAGGAGCAGAAGGACCAGGUGGAGAAGGUCGUUCUGAUCGACAGCGAUGAGGAGGGGGACUCUGCCAUGGCAUCGCAGGCUGACCAGAAAGAGGAAGAGCUGCAGCUAUUCUGGACGUACAUCCAGGCUAUGCUGACCAACCUCGAGAGCCUGUCCUUGGAGAGGAUUCACAGCAUGCUGAAGAUGUUUGUGAUGACAGGCCCAGUGGUUACAGAAAUCGAUAUACAAGAGCUGCAGGGUUUUCUCCAGAAAAAGGUCCGGGACCAGCAACUCAUCUACUCUGGAGGUGUCUAUCGCCUGCCCAAGAACUGCAACUAGACUGUGAGCGUCCCUGCUUUUGUCUCUGUGUCACUUCUCUGUGCCUGUGCUCAGCUCCCGAGUGCCACCCAGCUCUCUGCAUCCUGCUGGGUAGUUUCUCUGCUCUCAGGGUUUGCUGUGCCUUCUUCCCCAGAAGGGUGUCCUUUUCCACAUGGAGACAGCUCAGCAGCAGCCUGGGCCGUGCACCCCACAACUUCUGGGACUUGGCCUGCUCCCCCCAUUACUUUUCCUCCCACAUGUGGAGCCCACUUCACUGGUUAAUAAAAACCAGCAGUCUCCUUUCUCUGAUGGUACCAACUCUUUUCUUUCCUCUCAGCAGAGCACUCUUGGCAUCAGCCUUCCCACACUGAAAGGGCAGGCAGGAAGCUCCCUAGUCUGUGAGGCACCGUCUCCCUUUCCUUGGGUCUCCAUCUGUAGCCCCGGGAGGUUUUGGGAGGGGGACUGUUGGCUCCAGUUGCUGUCUGGGUCUCUUUGUGUGGCUAAAGCAGCAUUCCUGCAGCUGGCUGGGAUGAGCAAGACCUACACCAAAGCAAGUGUUCACACUGUCUCCUCUGUCUUACGUGGGAGGAAGACUCCAGGGUCUGCUUACCUUUGGGACUCUGAAAUUGUGUGGAAUAAUUUUAUUGUGGGAGGAAGAAGGCUUUAGAUGGAUGAGACAUAGCAGUUCUUCAGGGCAAGCCCUGGAGGGUAAGUGGAUUAUCCGGGCACUGGUAGGUUUGCUUUACUAUGACACAAAUAUCUGUUUCCCAACACCAUGGCUGCUGCCCUCAAGGGUGCAUUGUCCUGGUGUGCUUCAGAGUCACUGGCACCACUGGGAUCAGUGAGGCAGUUGGAUAAGAUAAUCCCUGAGCUUUGUUGGUUAAACAUCGUGCCACCAACCUGGGUAUCCAACAGUGGGUUUCAAGAUUGUAUUCUGUCUCCGCUUGAUAACAUGCAGGCUUCCUCAGCCCUGCUUUCUUGGGUGGGUUUUGCUCAUCAGGAGGAAUAUGCUGGGGAACUUUGGCUUGUACUAAAAAUUUGCUUUCUGUGAAGUAGAGUGAGUUUCCACAGUGCAAGGAGUCUUUCCCCUUCUCUGCUGAAUCUUCUAUCCCAGCAUGGCGGCACUGCAGCAGCUGGAAUUGAGGUAACAAAGGGCCACACGUAAAACACUGGAGCAACCCUGGCUGUGCAUCCGGGUGCAUGAGAGACUUGUGGAACACAGAAAACAACUCAUAUUUAACAUUCAGCCUUGGUUUUCAGUGCCUAAAGGCCUGGAGGUCCCACGCUGUAGGCAUCCUUCGUGUAGCUGCAGGCAGUGGGGUAUGGCACUUACAUUUACAUUUUUCCUCUGUGGGUGAGAGCAUGUGUUCUGGUUUCCCCCUGGCACUUUACUCCAGGCUGGUGGUGGUGUGGCACUAGGAGAUGGUGCAUUCUGUUGUGGAGCUUAAAAUGUUUCUUGUGGCGCAGCGGCUCUGGAAAUAACUAAAUAAACCCUGAUCUGUGAA